AUGACCACUGAAAUUGAAAAAUUGCUACGUUCCAUGGCAACAGUGUUACAGGGAGUUCAGCAAACUCAAGCUCAGUUAGUAGCUCAAGGUCCUAAUGCGACUAUUUUCAUGGGAAAAGAAACUAGACGAUUUUACGCCCAAACAAGAUAUGGCAUGUGUUCAAAUCUUAACUAUUUAAAUCCGAGAAUAUAUCAAACGUUAACCAAAUUAACAACACCGGAAUUACCUAAUACUAAAACAUACCAAGAAUUAGUAAAAUUGCUAAAACAACAUUUAACUCCUCAAUCCAGCUUUAUCCAUGGACUUCGAGACAGCGAAAUCCGCGAACGUCUGCUUCAGUUGAAAGCUGGCUCGAGUUUCGAGGAAACAGUGCAAGUAGCACAAGCAGUAGAGAUCGCAAAGAGGGAAUCGAGUCAAAUGCAGAAAGCAGAGCAUGAAGUCAACGCCAUACGUAAAUCAAGCCCUUCGUCCAAAGUAUCGGAAGGUCGGAAACCUUUAGGAAACGCAGCAAAAUUCUGGGGGAGAUGCCUACGAUGCGGUAAGAAGAAUCACAUUGCGAAGAACUGUCUUGCAAAAAACCUUAAGUAUACGAAAUGCGAUAAGAAAGGACAUCUACAAAACGUCUGUCUGUUGGGCACAAGAAAAUCACCCGAACAGAAGCAAGUGGUGGACACCAGCAGCGAAUCGGGGGAAGAAUGCAAAAUGGAAUUGGACACUGGAGCAGCUGUUUUGACGAUCUCGGAAACGAGAUUUAAAGAACUUUGUCCUAAGGGAAAAAUUCCGGAGGUUGCAUAUUCCCUGAAAUUAGCAAAUUCCAAGAAACAACCAAUUUUCAUCAAACCGCGUCCUGUACCAUACGCAUUACGUCCCAAAGUCGAAGCAAAACUGAAACGACUUGAGGAAUUGGAAAUUAUUGAGAAAAUCGAGCACUCAACAUGGGGCACCCCUAUCGUGCCAAUCAUCAAAAAAGAUGGAAGCAUCCGGGUAUACGCCAACUACAAGGCCACAAUCAACAAAGAAAUGAAAGAUGAUCAAUAUCCCAUACCGAAAAUCGAAGAUAUAUUCAAUAAAAUGAACGGUGAUCAAUUUUUCUGCACCCUAGAUAUUCAUCAAGCAUAUCUACACAUGCCGGUUGAUGAUGAAUCGGCAAUGAUGCAAGCCAUAAGCACUCACCUGGGAGUUUACAAAGUUAAACCUCUGAUGUUUGAGGUUAAAACAGCACCGAACGCUUGA